CGCCCACAGAACGACAAUGGAAGCCGGAUCCAAGUCCGUCCCGGUCCAAAUCACCGAAGAUGAAGCGGCCGUGUAUGACCGGCAGAUACGUCUCUGGGGACUCGAGGCUCAACAGAGGAUGCGCAAUGCCACGAUCCUAGUGGUCAAGCUCAAGGGCGUCGCGACCGAGGCGGUGAAAAAUAUUGUAUUGGCCGGUAUCGGUAGGCUCGUCAUCGUCGACGAAGACGACGUCGCGCCGGAAGACCUCGGCUGCAAUUUCCUCUUGCGCGACGAGGACGUUGGAAAAAAGAGGGCUGAGGCCGCGAAGCCGAGGGUGGAGAGCCUCAACCCGCUCGUGACCGUCGAAGUGAUCACAUCAUACGACGUCUUGCGGCCGAGCAAUAUCGAUGCGACGCUGCAAGGCGUCGACCUCGUCUGUGUGACCGAGUUCGACAAAUUGAGUCUGUUCGAGCUCAACGAGGCCUGCCGCAGGCUGAACAAACCGUUCUACGCCGGCGGAAGCUAUGGAUUGCUCGGCUAUAUUUUCUGCGACUUACUACAACAUGAGUAUAUCGCUCCAGAUCGCUCGGGCCAAAAAGAUGCACCGAAGACCUCGAGAGCGACCGUGAACUACUGCCCCCUUAACGUCGCUCUGCAACACAAAUGGAGCGGGAUGACGAGGCGGCAGACCAAAGAGCUGAACCUGCAUGUCGUGUUCACCGUGCUGGCUCUAUGGGAGUACCAGGCCGCGCACAAGACGCUCCCCGAUGACGUCUCUGCUGCUGCAGAACUGCAGACGCUCGCGACGUCAUUAUUGGCCGCGGCACAGCUCAACACGCAAGCCAAGGUCGCCAUACCGGAGGAACUGACCACGUCCAUGGCGACGACGGCCGCUCACGAGUUCUCGCCGGUAUGCGCGGUGAUUGGAGGCAUGCUCGCUCAAGAUAUAUUGAAAGCGUUGGCCGCUCGGGAACCGCCCAUCGCCAACUUCCUCACCUUCGACGGCUCAACGGGAGCCGCCACCGUUUGCCGCAUGAACAUGUAGCAUGAUUUUCUGGCACCGAAAAGCUUGCGACGACACAUGCUCCUGUUUGCGAUUGCAGUACCAGUAUACAUUCCCUCGAGGUCUCCUAACAGUACACCAUGAUCCAAUAUCAAAAGCAAUAAGGUUUAGGCUUCAUAUGCUUUCCGCUGUAUGCCCGUCCCGCGCCCCUAGCCCCGACGUACGCGCCCCGUCAUUAUUAUAGAAGUGCUGAUCCCGCCGGGUGUAACCUCGGAGCGUGCCUGGACGUCUGCGUUACGCAGGCGGGCGAUCUCCCUUAACAGGCCCUGAGGCACCGCUGGCCCAACGAUCUGCAGUUUCCGAAGACCCGGCGACGUAUAAGAAAGGCCCAGGAUGAAACGUUGCGAACACCAUCGCCCUUCCGCAUGCAGUGAAUCGAGAGUGGAGAUGUGGUGCACGGCGGGUAGGAAGGCCGGCAGGGCACGAAAGGGUCGGCCUGGACGGCCUAGAUCUACGAGAUGGAAGGUCGUGAUAACGGGCAUGGACAGCAUGGCGAGCAGUUGGAUGACUUCGGACGGGACAUCCCUCCCGCAGACGCGCACGCGCAGGAUCUGCAGGUGCUGUAACGGCACGAUCCCGCAGAGGUCACCCGAGCGGUGGUCGUGAUCGGCCUGCGCCGUCUUCGGCCGCUCGUCCGGAAACAUGAUGUGCAGCUCGCGGACGGAUCGGGAGACGGAGAGCAUCUCGGCCACCUCCGCCACCGCCGCGUUGCCCCGGGUGAACCCGUGGAAGGUCAGGUCGAGGUACGUGAGCCGUUCGUAGAGGGAGGGGGUCCAGGCGAGGCGCAGGCCCUGGACCCUGAGCGUCCGCAGGCGGGGCGCGACGCCGUUGAAGAGCGCAAACUCCUUCGAGUCGUCGUUGCGCGGGAAGCAGAGGGUGAGCGCUUCGAGGCGGGGCGCCUCGACCCUCGCGCUGUCGCCGCAGCAGGGCGAGAGCAGCGCGUUCCAGAGGAGCGGGGCGUACGCGCGCUCGUCGAGGCGGAUGCGGAGCGAGCGCCAGCGCCGGAUGAAGGGCGUGACGGCGUGCGUGUGGAGCUGCACGCAGCGCGCGUCGAGCGGCCAGAUGCGCGUGGAGAAGUCGACGUCGAGCGAGCAGCGCUUGGCGCGGGCGAUGCGCUCGGCCCACAUCGCGGUCCGGUGGUCGACGAGGACGCGCCGCCAGAGGAUCGGGCUGGCGUGCACGGCGAGGUAGCGCCAGUGCGCGCAGACGCCGGAGAUCGAGACGGGGGCCAUGGGGUCGGAGUGGGUGGCGAGGAGGAAGAUGUCGACGAGGAUUUCGUCGGGGAGGGUCAGCACGGGGUGUUGGGUGAGCGAUUUGGGGCGGGUCGGUUGCGGCUUUCCGCAUCGUCUGGAGUCGCGGCUCUUCGAGCUCCAUCGGUCGGACUCGACGCGACGACGGUGGGUAGGUAGGCGCGUCCCGUACACUGUGGUUUUCAUCGUGUUCAAGAACGACGGGCUCAGCACGAGCUCGCGUCGCCUCGUGCGCUUCAAGGUGCCAGGCAUAAUGGAGUGUGAGAGGGCGCCCCGCCGCAGACGACGGCGGUGGGCGGUGGGGGGCCUCGAUCCCUGCGUCCCGUAACCAUUAUGAGGGAGGGUUUCCACCCGGGCUUGGGAGUUUCCGAGGGGGUGCCGGACUUGGAGAGGGCGGUUGUAAAGGGCUGCGGCAGGGCGCUUAGAUCGACGUUCGCUGGCUGGUGGUCCGAGGCGAACAUAAUAAGGCAAAUGGCUCCCGGCGAACGGGGCUCGUGCAUUGUCCCUUCGAGUUCGAGCGCCACUGGCAGGUCUUGUGCUCAGCGGGCUUUCGCAGGUAUUUUAUCGAUUGCGAAGCGGAAGGCUUU